GGGGGGACACUUGAACAAGGGGGGGGUACCAGACCUUGGGGUGAUACCGGGGGAGCGUAGCGCCUGGAGGUGGGGCAUCUUUGGGGCCUCGGAGGUGUGAGGGCGCUGGGGCGUUCCCUGGAGCGCAGGGGGCUCCGGGGCGCUCGGUUUGUUCUGUGCCCCGUUCGGGUGAGCCCUGGCCUGUAGGGACGUAGGGAUGAUGUACCCACAGCCCCAGUGUGCCCUCUGUCCCCGAUGGGACAGCGCUGUGUGGGGCAAUGAUGCCUCGGUGCUUGCUGGGCCAGCUGGGUUCCCACUCUGCAGCUCAUCAGCCCAGUGCCGGCCCUGCCAGCUGCAUUCAGGCAGCCCAUCCUUCAUUCAGAGCUUCAGCAGUGGGGCUGGCCAGGCAGGGGGUCCUGUUCUGCCCUCACCUCCGUGGCUGCAGCUGCAUCCCUAAAGCUUGCAUCCCGCAAUAAAUAAAUCCAAGCAGUGCAGCAGACCCUGAUGUAGUCACGUGGCUUGACAUCACCGUUCACUGUACCGUGGCAGCAGCAGCAGGCACCGAGUGGGCUCCUGCCCUGUGCCCCUCAGCAUCAGCUCCUUGGGCUGCAGCCUGAGGUAGGCACUGCGGGACGUGACCCUGUGUUGCCCUUGGUCCCGUUGAUAAUUGGCUUCCACGGGGAUUGUCUGCGAGGAGGAUUUGUCCUAGAGCCCGAGAUCCAUCAGCAUGCUACAGGUACCGCUGCCCCUGGAUCGCGAUGGGAUCCUGUUCCGGCUCCGUUUCACCACUCUGGCUGUUGGGACUGUGUUUUGCCCCCUGUUCGGUUUCCUUUUCUGCGUGAUCUGGUCUCUGCUCUUCCACUUCCAGGAGACAACAGCCACCCACUGCGGGGUCCCGAACUACCUGCCCUCCAUCAGCGCUGCCAUCGGCGGCGAGACCCCGCAGCGCUACGUCUGGCGGCUCUGCAUCGGCCUGCACUCGGCCCCGCGCUUCCUGGUGGCCGUCGCCUACUGGAACCACUACCAGAGCUGCCACUGCUCCCACCCUCGCUACCAGCGCCUGUGCCACUUCAACCUGCUGCUCAACCUGCUCGAGAACUUUGCCCUCCUCGUCCUGACCUAUGUGUCCUCCUCAGAGAACUAUGCAAUCCACGAAAAUGCCUUCAUCGUCUUUAUCACGUCAGCUCUGGGCCACAUGCUCCUGACGUGCAUCCUCUGGAGGAUGACUAAGAAACACACAGUAAGUCCCGAGGAGCGCAAGUCCUACAAGUGGAAGCAGCUGCUCUUCUUCAUCACCUUCGUCACCUUCUCCAUCGCCGUCUGCGUCUACUUCCACCACAACUGGUACUGCAGACCUGGAGCCUACACCGUCUUCGCCUUCCUGGAGUACGUGGUGGUCUUCUCCAACAUGGCCUUCCACAUGACGGCCUUCUGGGACUUCGGCAACAAGGAGCUGGUGGUGAGCUCGGUGCUGGAGGACAAGCACUUCUAACUGGGCGCCGCGGGGCUGCGGGCCGUUGCUCCCGUGGGUGCCGGCCCCUCGGCGUGGGCUGGGGGCUGCGGUCGGCCCCGCUUUGGUUCAGGAACGGGCUGAGCUCUGCGGGUGGAAGCUGGCGGCCGUGGCCCCGUCGUGGCGCGGGGCACGAGGCCGGCGGGCGCUGGCUCUUUGCAGAGGGCCGGGCAGAGCGGCCGCUGCUCGUGGCACUGGGCCCGUUCCCUGCGCCCCGCUCUGUCCCCGGGGCUGCUGGGAUUCGGGGGGGACCCUUCGCCGACAAAUCCCCAAAAAGAACUCGUGGUCCAAGGGCGGCCGGCCCGGCUCUCUGCGCUCGCCCCGUGGGCACAUUGCUGCAGGGCUGGGGGGGUCCCGGGUCCCCAUCCGUGUGUGCCCCCGUUGCACGCGGCAGCUCCCUGCAGCGCGUUCUCCUGGGUGUGGAGGAUGAAAUAAAGCACUGAGUAUUUUUUUGUGAGCUCUC